CAGCAGCAACAGCAACAACAACAGCAGCAACAACCGAGCUGCAACACCCCGCACCGAUCGCCGCGGAAUGCUCGGCGGCUCGAGUUUGCGGCAUCGCCCUUCGCUGGCAUUCCAGUCGCAUCCACCAUCUCAGAACGCCCAGCAGAGGCAACGCUGACGGCGCUAUUCCGAGCGACGGGCGUACCCAGUAUUGAGAUUUCGUCACCGCUCGAGCCGAGCGCGGCCACUCCAACUCGACGAGCUAGCUACGAACACUUGCAGUCAAACUCGCUCGCUUCGCUGCGGCAAUCGGGCUUGUCCCCACGGCAGCGAACCUGCUCGGAGGGCGACGCAUCGCCAACCCUCAUGCGAUCCACCAAUCUCUUUGCAUUCCAAGACCUCUCACCGCCUGGCGGGCAGCUCUUUCGCCACAAGCGUGGCAUUGCCGACCUGGAUGAUCCCGCCGAUGACUCUGCUCCUUUGCACUCUGAGACACUGAAGCGUCCUCGCAUGCUGCCUCACAGCAGCACCCCGAGCAGCCCCACCGCUACCCAGCCACUUCCCGACAUCACCGUCUCCAUGGACAGCGACGAGCCAGUCGUCGUCAACGGACUGCCCUCUCCCAUCAGCCCGUUUAUUCCGCCCUCGCCAAUGCCAACGCGUCAACUGCGAUCCAGCAUCCAUCCAGAUGGAGGCUUUGUUCUGGCGGAGCCCUUAACGGACAGCACUGUCGACAGGCAGAGCUUUCGCAACCAGUCCUGGCUCGCCAGACCGUCUGGUGAGGCCCUUGCCUUGCUUGCUGCGUCAGGUUCGUCGACACUGGCGAUUGGCGCAUCUCCUCGGGUGCCCACGUUUGCCACCCAGAGCCGCUUUCCUCACUUGCGCCAAAACUCGGUCGAGCCCGGCGCAAGCCGUUCUCGCCUACAGGAUGACUUUUCUCAGAAGGAAUUGAUCGGCUCCGGCGAGUUUGGCACAGUCUAUCGUUGCGUCAACAACUUUGAUGGCAUGCCAUACGCCAUCAAGAAGCUCAACCACAACAUAAGGUCUGUGGCGGACUCGCGCUCGCACCAAAAGGAGGUUUGGGCUCACUCGAUUAUGGGCACCAACCGCCACGUUGUGCGCUACUAUGGCGCAUGGCCAGAGAACAAUUCCAUUUACAUCCAGAACGAGUAUUGCGACCAGGGCAAUCUUGAAAACGUCGAGCACGAGUUUUCAGAGCCUGAACUCCGCGACAUGCUGCGUCAGCUCGUCAGUGGCCUUCGUCACAUGCAUCAGCACGGCCUUGCCCAUCUAGACAUCAAGCCGGCCAACAUUUUCCUUUCAAACGAGAGCGUGAUUGACGAGGAAUGGGCCUUUAAAGAAGAUGUGCCGUUUCUUGGCCGGUCUGGCAACCGCAGCAGGAGCAGCAGCAGCAGCCACGGCUACAACAAUAACAACAACAAUAUCAACAACCUCACCAGCAACAGCAGCAAUAACAACGGCACACAAACAAACCCUUACAACAGACCCAUUAUCAGUUUGCGUCGUGCUUCAACCACCAUCCGUGAGCGUACCGUCUACAAGCUUGGCGAUCUUGGUCACGUUGCCUCGAUCCAGUCACCGGAUGGGAGCGAUGUCGAGGAGGGCGAUCGUUGCUACAUGGCGAAGGAGCUGCUCCAUGAGCCGGUCGACGUGUCCCAGCUGCAAAAGGGCGACAUUUUCUCCUUGGGGAUUGUGUUAUAUGAAUUGGGUACGGGCACCAAGCCUCCACCAAACGGCGACGAUUGGCAGGCCCUGCGAACAGGCAAGGUUCCCGAGAUUCCGCGUUUCAGCAAGACCAUGAACGAUUUGAUGCGACACAUGCUCCAUCCAGAUCCUCGCCAGCGCCCAUCGUGCACAGAUCUUGUGAAACAGCUCGAUCUCGCUCUUCCGGGGAAAUCAACGUCUCUUGCCGUUUCUUUGAAGCAGACCCGCACACAGCUCGAACUGGAGCUUGAGCAAGAGCGCAACAAGGUGUCGCAAGGUCUGUUGGAGCUUGAGCAAGAACGCAACAAAGUGUCCGAGCUGAAGCGUCAGCUGGAUGAUGCUCAGCUUCAGCUCGAGCGCGAUCAUGAACAGCUUCAGUCUUUGACUGCACCGGCUUCUAAUCCUCCCUCGUCGGGGACCCACGCUGCACCGGCGAGCGGGCCUGCUCCUAUGAACGAUGGGACCACCGGGACCACCAGUGAAAACCCUCAAACGAUUCGCGCUGAAGCCGUCAAGCCGGUGGAGUUCGAUUUUAGGCGACCUAUUCUGUUGCCACCACUUGCACCCCGAGACAUGAAUGGGAACCAAGUGUCGCGUGCAACACUCAACAAGCGGGCUGCCUUUUUGCGCUCACAAAGCUUUGCCUGAGCCUUUCUUUUUUUUUCUCUCUCUUCGUUUGUCCAGGUUGUCUUGUAUCAUCAUCAUCAUCCUCGUCACCAUGCUGGCUAGUCCAUCGAGAUUCCAGCUGUUGAAGCGCAACGUUCGCGGCCGGUCUGCGAGUUGCUUGUAUUGUUUUUCGUAUUUCUUUCUUUUCUUUUCUUUUUUUCCCCCCUAUGUAAUCUGCUCGUCUCCUCGUUCUGCUUUUAUCUUUCUUUCUCCCUUUUGGCUUUUUGGUUGACAAAGCCGGUGUUUAUCUGUGUGUGUCUUUCUCUCGCUUCGAUGGUUGUAACAAAGCUUAUUGUAUUGCUCCAUAAAACAGUACAGCACUUGCGCAUUACUC